UUGUUUUGAAUGUAUAUUUGUUCGUGAUGGGGCCGCUAACCCCGUGUGGCUGCUGUCAGCUGCGCGCCGCGGACAAGGAGCUGCAGGCGCCGUACACCCGGCUCGGCGCGACCGAGGUCUACGCCCACAUGCUCCGAGAAUGCUUCGGCAUCCGGGUGACUUUGAGUGGUGAAGGCUCAUGUGGGAUCUGCUCGGUGUGCGUGGGCCGCCUGCGAGACGCGAGUGACUUCAAGCUGCAGGUGCAGCGCACUCAGGCGGAGCUGCAGGCGCGGCUGCAAGGAACUCCUGGAGAAGAAUCAGCGGUGGAGUCAAUAACAGAGUGUGGGGACGCCGGCAGUGACUGCAGUGAUGAGCCGGUGUGGAUAGCAUUAGACGGCGCGGCUGGAGCGGACCCGGAGCCGGCGCCGUCAGUGUCCUUGCGCGCCAGACAGCAGCUCGCGAUGGCUUGCUGCGUGAGGCUCGCGCGCCUCCGCGACUCCCCGCGCGCGAGCCAGCCGUGCCCCGCGCCGCCGCCCGCCACUGUGCAGCGAGAGCCCCGCACACAACCCUACACCUGCGACACUUGCCAGGCGCACUUCACACACAAGUCUAGAUUGAUUACACAUAUACAGAAUCACUUAACAGGAAGAGAUGAGCGUAUAAAUCACUUCGUUAAACAAAAUAAAGACAAACCACACGUAUGUCACGUUUGUGACAAGAGGUUUGCACUUAAAGGAAUUUUAACUAAGCAUUUGACAAUACACACUGGAGUCAAACCAUACAAGUGUAAAGAAUGUAACAAACCAUUUAGACAAAAAGAUCACUUACAUAGGCAUGAAAGAAUUCACGGUGGGUUAAAACCGUACGAAUGUGAGGUUUGUGGUAAGCAGUUUACAGAAAAAUCGUAUUUAAAUACACACGAGAGGACGCACACUGGAGUCAAAUAUGAAUGUACAGUUUGUAACAAGCGAUUUACAAAUAAAUAUCAUUUAAAAAGUCAUGCGGAGGCUCACAGUGGAGACAAGCUAUACAGGUGUAAAGAAUGUAACAAGGAAUUUCGACGGAAAGACUACUUACACGAACAUGAAAAAAUCCACAGUGAGGUAAAACCAUACGAAUGUAAAGUUUGUAAUAAACGCUUUGCACACAAUCGAAGUUUGAAACACCAUGAGUUUAGCCACAGUGUCGACAAGCCAUACAAAUGUAGCGAUUGUAGCAUGCAAUUUGCCUUCAAACAUCUUCUAGUACGUCAUGGGAGGGUACACAGUGGACUGAAACCGUAUGUGUGUAAAGUUUGUAGCAAGGGAUUCACACAAAAAGCGAGAUUAAGUGCCCAUGAGUAUACUCACAGUGGAAUCAAACCAUACAUAUGUGAAGAAUGUAACCAAGCAUUUCCAUCGAAAGUUACAUUAGAUGUGCAUGAAAAAAUCCAUAGUGGAAUCAAGCUACAUAUAUGUAAGGUCUGUAACAAACGAUUUUCACUUAAAGGGGGUUUAAAGCAUCAUGAGAAAACUCACAGAGGUGUCAAAUCAUAUAGAUGUACAGAAUGUAGUUGCUAUUUGUAACAAAAAAUAGUUUAGUUCGUCAUGAGAGAGCGCACAGUACAGUACACUACAAUAAUUUAGAUUCAUACAGAAAAACAGUUGAUAGUGAAAUAACCCCUUAUACCACACAUAUUGGAAUAAAGCCAUACGCUUGUGAAGAGUGUAAGAACAAGUUUCCAUCACAGUCGGAGUUAGACAGACACAAGAGGAUCCACUCCGGAGAGGAGUCGUACGAGUGCGAGAUAUGCGAAUCUUUAUUCUUCGAUGAAGCCAGUUUA